CAAAGGGUCACCGCUACUCAUCUGCCCAGCGCAAAUUAGAAAACGCUGGUUCGACAAUAGGGUUUGGAAGUCAUUCGAAGCUUCACAUCGGUAAGAGUAUUCGCUCGUUCUUACACGUUUCGCCUCAGGUUUUCGUCCCUUCGCUAAAUCCGAAGCCGCGCGGAGUAAUCAGUGUUUGCGGUCGAUUGUUGGUCGGAAGCAAUGGGUUCCGAUGCGGAUAUGGAAGAUUAUGGAUUCGAGUACUCUGAUGACGAGCCUGAGGAGCAGGAUGUUGAUAUUGAGAAUCAGUACUACAAUUCCAAAGGUCUAGUGGAAACUGAUCCUAAAGAAGCACUUACUGGUUUUGCGGAAGUAGUGCGUAUGGAACCUGAGAAAGCUGAAUGGGGAUUUAAAGCUCUAAAGCAAACAGUCAAACUUUAUUAUAGACUAGGUAAAUAUAAGGAGAUGAUGGAAGCCUACAGGGAGAUGCUGACAUACAUCAAAUCUGCUGUUACACGAAAUUAUAGUGAAAAAUGUAUAAACAGCAUAAUGGAUUUUGUUUCUGGUUCUGCAAAUCAGAACUUCAGUCUUCUGCAAGAGUUCUAUGAGAUGACUCUGAAGGCACUUGAGGCAAAGAAUGAGAGACUUUGGUUCAAGACAAAUCUUAAACUUUGCACAAUUUGGUUUGACAUGCAAGAAUAUGGAAGAAUGAAUAAGAUCCUAAAAGAACUCCACAAAUCUUGCCAAAGAGAAGAUGGUACUGAUGAUCAAAAGAAAGGCACACAGCUUUUAGAGGUCUAUGCUAUUGAGAUUCAAAUGUACACUCAGACCAAGAAUAACAAGAAACUUAAGCAACUGUACCAAAAAGCUCUUACCAUCAAGUCAGCAAUACCUCAUCCAAGAAUCAUGGGUAUAAUUCACGAAUGUGGUGGGAAAAUGCACAUGGCUGAGAGGCAAUGGGCAGAAGCAGCCACUGAUUUCUUUGACGCCUUCAAGAAUUAUGAUGAAGCUGGGAAUCAGCGCCGUAUCCAAUGUCUCAAGUAUUUGGUUCUUGCAAACAUGCUGAUGCAAUCUGAAGUGAAUCCCUUUGAUGGACAAGAGGCAAAGCCUUACAAAAAUGACCCUGAAAUUUUGGCAAUGACUAACCUUAUAGCAGCAUAUCAGCGCAAUGAGAUAUUAGAAUUUGAAAAGAUUUUAAAGAACAACAGAAGAACAAUUAUGGAUGAUCCUUUCAUUAGAAAUUACAUUGAAGAUCUUUUGAAGAAUAUCAGAACUCAAGUUCUCCUUAAGCUCAUAAAACCGUACACCCGAAUCAGGAUUCCAUUCAUUUCAAAGGAACUCAAUGUGCCAGAGAAAGACGUAGAGCAGCUAUUAGUCUCCUUGAUUUUGGACAACCGUAUCCAAGGUCACAUUGAUCAAGUCAACAUGCUGUUAGAGCGGAGCAACAGUUCGAAGGGGAUGAAGAAAUAUACUGCUAUAGACAAGUGGAAUACUCAGCUUAGAUCACUAUACCAGACUGUUUCCAAUAAGAUAGCAUGAGGCUGAAGAGCUACUUCCACUUGCAAUGGAGCCAUUUGGAUUAGCUCCUACAUCUCAAUACUUAAAAACUGUGUGCUGUCCUUGGCUCCUUUUUGUUGGGAUGGGUAAAAUGCCCACAUGAUGUGGGUGCUAUACAGGACUUGCUCAUUGGAAAUGAUGAUUUACGCCAGAAACCGGUUUGACCGCUGUCUUCUUUUUUUUUUUUUUUUGGCAUGGAUAUUGAUUUGGGAGGGAACACAUUUGUUUGCUUUGGUGUUGAUCGCAUGUAUGGAACAAUGACUACCUUGCCGAGGGGUCCAUUUUCUUUGGGUCUGGCCUCAGAUUUGUCGUCAUUUAAUCAUCAGAGAUUGGAGUUUUGGCUACUUUUGGCAAAAGAUGAAUAGAAUUGGGUUUUGCUUCUCGAGGUUUUCGUCAACUA